AUGGCAAAGGAUACGAAGAAGAAGUCCAAGUCGACGGGAAAAGACAUCUUGAAAAAAGCACGUCCUGCAAAAUCAUCCGGCGCAACCAAAUAUGCUCAACCAUUGGCGUCUGAGAUCGUGGUCGAUCAAGAUCAGAGCUUUGAGCUUGUUAGAACCGUCAUCAGUGCUGCCAUAAGCAAUAUCACCUGGAUUAGGGAUGUUUUCCCCAACGACUGUUACGGAUCUCGGGUCUAUGAUUUCUCUGACCCUGAUCCCUCUUACGAGGCUUUUAUGAAUGGCCAGAAAGCGUUCGUUCUUGAAAAGAACCCAAACCUGGCCUACUGGAGGGUUCUCGAGCAUGGAGUUGCACAUGCGUUGGAGCGGAAAUUUCUAUCGACACUUCAACUCUCCUUCUAUGAAGGUGAAGUAUCUCCGUCAACGCUAAUUGAAGCAUAUAUAGUAUCCAUCACUUACAAGGAUGGAAUUGCCUCGAUGCAGCUUGAAACAGAGUCUCGAACCAGCAAAAAGAAUGUAGCAGCAUCGCUAUUGCUAAGUGACGCAAAACUAGGAAUUCGAAAUCUCAUCAACAGCGUCAUUAUUAGCGCCCAAGACCUACCUUCUGAAAUGCCAGCCAAUCGAGUAGCGGACAUGCAGCUCACCUACACUGACGAUUGUCCUAUGGAAUACAACCCUCCCGGAUUUCGAACCUGCGAGGACCCCAAUCUCAUCGUUGACGGCAAAGGAACAACUCGCUGCGAUUCGAUGAGCACUGGUCAUCAUGGGAUUCGGAUCAAGCUAUUCAGCAAUAAUGACCAUGAUGCUGAAGCGUCAAGAAAUAUAGCCGCACAAGUUACUAGUGGUGUGGCUGAGCAGCUCGAAAAUAGAGUUUCCCCUUCCAAGGGUGUAUCUCGAGAGCAGAAUGGCCCGAUCAAACCUCAUCGCCCAUAUUCCCAACGCAAACCUUCUCUAUCUUCAGAAACUGAUGGUGGCGAGACGCAAGAAGCAGGGUUGAAUGCCCUGAGGAGCAUAGGUGUUACCAGAGACCCAGCCGGAGAAACCCAGGAUACACAACCCCUCUACGGCGUAUUCAGUCAGCCACCAGCUCCGAAUGGGGCCGCGUGCGUGUCUCAAGACUCGCCAUCUGAUGUUCAGCCUUACUCACAGGCUGUCAAGACACGUAUUGAGAAAGCCCGUCGACGGGCGGAAUAUGCACUUGUUGGUCGCUCCGAUGAAGAAAUUGAUAACAUUCAAGAUGCUGGUCAACGUAUCUCGUGUGAAUGUGAAACAUUUGCGGGCGGUAUUAUGCUUGAAUGUGGUAUCUGCAAGGAUCUCCAACAUAUUGAAUGUUAUGGAUAUCUCGAUGUUCCACGUACCUCUGAAUUCGUCUGUUACACCUGUUUACUCGAGGACGAGGACACAUUGAUUACAGAAAUGAGAGAAUUGUGCAUCAAGAGACGUGCUAUUUAUUUUAUGCGCGAAGAGGGCGUGUCAAGUCUGAAAGAUCUGUCAGCUCAUCUGAAUCGCGAUGAAGUCACAACCAGAAACAUACUCGGUCAGCUGAAAAGUCAAGGAUUCGUCACCGAGAGCAUAAAUAAGAGAACUGGCCGAAAAAGCAAGGGAAGGUCCGGUGAGGCAGUUUUCUCCCUUAUUAAUGAUGAAGAGAAGUUGCGAAGAAAUUACUUCUGUCCGACUUUGAAUAUUGCCCAUCAUUUUGCUGUUGCGGAAAUCCGCUCGCCCAGUAAUACACUGAUCUCUCAUGGCCUUGGUGAACAUGACCAAUUAGAUCACUCUAAACCAACAACCAAGUCUGUCUCUGAGCUAUCCACAUCCGAUCAUAGCAACGGUCUACAACUUUCGUUUCGUGCUGGCAGAGCGAGCCUCGGAGAAGGUAGCAGCACUGAAGGAACACCCAGCCCCCAUUCUAGUAUCCGCUAUACAACCGUGCCUCGGACUCAAACACCAUUUCGAGAGGCAGAUUCAAGACAGGCCUCUCUACAUACGAAGCGUGCAGCGGAUACAGAACGGGAGGGCUUCGAAAAACGGGUCAAAGUCAGCUCUGCCAGAAGUCCUUGGCUCUUCAGCCGCAAGUGACGUAUCUUAUGAACGAGGGAGAGCAAAGAUUGGUUGUUCACGCUGCAUUGUGAUUUUUGGCAGGAUAUGAUAAUAUGCAUAUUGCUGGUGGAUCUAGCUUGGCGGUGUCACCAAAGGGGAUAAUGCAACACUUCCUCCUGGUUCAAAGGAAUCACAUUGCUCAUGAUAUAUAGCUUCUAUACCCUGUCUAUAACAACUUGCGGAUCCAAUCCAGUCUAUACCUUGAGCAGCCUAAAUUUAUAGGCCUGUGGGC